AUGGCUUUAGUCCAACGCUUUGGAAAACCGGACAUCUUUUUAACCAUGACAUGUAACCCAAGUUGGAAAGAAAUCUUAGAUGAGUUGGGUCCACAAGAAGAAGCACAAAAUCGUCCUGAUUUGAUUGCACGUAUUUUUAGAGCAAAAUUAGAAGAACUGAAGGAUGAAUUAUUCAAACGGGAGAUAUUUGGGAAAGUUUCAGCAUAUGUAUAUGUCAUUGAACAUCAGAAAAGAGGACUACCACAUGCACAUUUCUUGAUCAUACUACAGAGAGAUUGGAAAAUUUAUGAUCCAGAAUCUUUUGAUGAAAUUGUAUCAGCAAAAAUACCUGACAAAGAAAGAAAUUUACAUUUGCACAAGGCAGUAAUAAGACAUAUGAUGCAUGGUCCCUGUGGAGUACUAAAUCCGAGCAAUGUGUGUAUGAAAACAAAUGGCAGUUGUAAAAACCACUUUCCAAAAGGCUUUGCAUCUAACACAACUGUUGGAAUCGAUUGUUUCCCACAGUACAGACGUUGUGAUAAUGGAAUAACUGUCAAAGUCAGAGGUAAAAAUUUGGAUAACCGUUGGGUUGUUCCACAUAAUCCAUAUCUCCUCGCAAAAUUUGAUUGUCACUUGAAUGUAGAAAUUUGCUCAACAAUCAAAGCAGUCAAAUACCUUUAUAAGUACAUUUAUAAAGGUCAUGAUCGUGUUGCUUUCAACUUGAUUCCUGGACAAAACAUCCAAGAUAUAGAUGAAAUCCAACAAUUUCAAUCAGCUAGAUGGAUUGCUCCACCAGAAGCCAUGUGA